UGCUGCUAGUUACGGCUCCUUGCUGGAGCCGCUUGGACUCGCUCCGGAUCCCCGUCCCCGCGCGCCAUGGGUCCCGCGCGGCGGAGCGUCCCCGCAGCGCUGCGUUUCCUUGGCGGGCUGAGCGUGCCGCUGCUGCUGCUGUGUCCACCCGCCGCGCAGGGUGACUGCAGCUUGCCCCCAGAGGUACCUAAUGCCCACCCAACUCUGAGUGAUCGUGAUCUUAAGAGUUUUCCUGAACGAACCACAGUAACAUACAAAUGUAAUGAAGGCUUUGUAAAAGUCCCUGGCAAGCCAGACUCCGUGAUCUGUCUCAGUAACAAUCAAUGGUCGGAGGUGGCAGCAUUUUGUAACCGUAGCUGCGAUGUUCCACCCAGGCUACGUUUUGCAUCGCUCAAGAGGUCUUUUAGCAAACAGAAUUAUUUCCCCGAGGGUUUCGUUGUGGAAUACGAUUGCCGUCCGGGCUACAGAAGGAACCAAACUCUCUCAGACAAACUAACUUGCCUUCAGAAUUUUACGUGGUCCAUACCAGAUGAAUUUUGUAAAAAAAAAUCCUGUCCUACUCCUGGAGAUAUAACACAUGGUCAUGUCAGUAUAACGACUGACAUAUUAUAUGGUGCAUCUAUUUCCUUCUCGUGUGACACAGGGUAUAGGCUAGUAGGUUCAGCUUCUAGUUACUGUUCCCUUGUAGACCAGGCUGUGGACUGGAGUGACCCAUUGCCAAAAUGCGAAGAAAUUGUUUGUCCAGAACCACAAGAAAUUAGCAAUGGAAUCAUUCAAAAUCCACGGAAAACCUAUGUGUAUCAACAGUCUGUAAAAUAUCAGUGUAAUCCAGGCUUUACCCUGAUCGGAGAGAACUCUAUUUAUUGUACUGUCAAAGAUGAUCAAGGAGAAUGGAGUGGCCUGCCCCCUGAAUGCAAAGAAAAUUCCCAGAUUUCUAAGGGCGUGCCAACAGUUCAGAAGCCUCCAAUGGCAAGUGUUCCAAGUACGAAAGUCCCAUCAGCUCCUCAGAAAACCACCACAGUGAAUGUUCCAGGUACUAAAGCCCCAUCACCUCCUCAUAAAGCCACCACAGUGAAUGUUCCAGGUACUGAAGCCCCAUCAACUCCUCAGAAACCCAUCAUAGAAAAUGUUCCAGGCACUGAAGCCCCAUCAACUCCUCAUAAACCCACCACAGUGAAUGUUCCAGCAAAACAGACUUCAGCUGUUGUUCCCAGGGCAACCACGCGCUUUCUCUCAACAAGCUCGCAUAAAGGAAGAGGAACUCCUUCUUCAGAUGCUAACAUCGCUGCAAUUGGACACACAUGUAUAACAUUGACAGUUUUGCUUAUGACGCUAGUAACCAUUGGCUAGCUGACUUAGCCGAAGAAGAGAUCAGAAGAAAAUAUACACAAGUGUGCAGAAUAUUUCUAGUUUCUUAGAACCUUGUGGAGGAAUGGACACAAUAAAUGUAAUAGUGCUCGUCGUUUUUCAUGUUAUCACUGUCUUUACGGGGCGUAGGAAAAUCAAUGGAGCAAGUCUGUCCUAAACCUCUUGAAAAUAGAACCACUUGCAAGAUUUAGAGUGAUUACUUUCCUUAAAGCGUAGGAAAGUGCAGAGGUUUGUUCAUGCUUAGAACGUGAACGUGAAUGUGAAGGAAAUAAGUGAGUUUUUUCACUAGAUGUGUAAUGUUACUUUUGUUUACAAAGAAAAUUAAAUACUAAAAACAGUGAUUGGAUAUUGAAAACAAAAAACCGGAAGUCUCUUCUGAGUAGACUUGCCAAAGAGAGAUGAACCGUAUUGUAAAAUAACUCUUGACUAUUAGGCAUUGUCCUGUUUUCUUAUUCCAUUAUGAUGAGGCUGAAGGCGUUGGCAAAAUUUUUUAAAGGAAAAACAUGCUAAUGACCCAAGAGCAUUGAUUUUUCUGGGGUUAGUUGGUGGAAAUGGGGGAACACAGAAUGAAGAAGUAAUUCUUUGGCUAUAAUUUUGUUUAAAAACAAUCUUUUUUUUUUUUUUUUUUUUGGAGAAAGACCCCUGUGAAAGGUUGAAAGGUAUCUUCAUUGACUUAAUGUCUUUAAAAGUAUAUUACAACAUUAACAUAAGAGUCUAUAUUUCUGAAGUAGGGGGUGUUCAUAGCCAAAUCCUAAAUCUUAUUCUUUUGUAAUA